UGGAAAUGGAGCCGGAAGGUGGCGGCCGCAGCCUUGCUUUCCGCGCUCUCCAAAACCGCUCCCACGAGAAAACAAAGCUGCGAAAGAGAAAGUCUACCUUGUACGUCAGCGCCCAGGACCAGAACCGCGGAGAUCUUCUUGGAGAAAACAUUUAUCUGGUUUUGUUUACCAUUGCUUUACGAAUAUUUAAUUGCUUUUUGGUCCAGACAAGUUUUGUUCCAGAUGAAUAUUGGCAGUCUCUUGAAGUUGCACAUCAUAUGGUUUUCAAUUAUGGUUAUAUGACCUGGGAAUGGACAGAAAGAUUGAGGGGUUAUACUUACCCCUUAAUCUUUGCAAGCAUUUACAAGAUUCUGCAUCUUUUGGGGAAAGAUAGUGUUCAGCUGCUGAUCUGGACUCCCAGACUUGCCCAAGCACUUCUGUCUGCUCUAGCAGAUGUGAGGCUUUACUCAUUAAUGAAGCAACUAGAAAAUCAGGAAAUGGCUAGAUGGGUGUUUUUUUGCCAGUCGUGCUCUUGGUUCACAUGGUAUUGCUGUACCAGAACCCUUACAAACACCAUGGAAACUGAUCUUACUAUAAUUGCUCUUUUCUACUAUCCUUUGGAAGGUUCAAAGUCUAUAAACAGUGUUAAAUACUCUUCCCUGGUGGCACUUGCCUUCAUAAUUCGUCCCACAGCUAUCAUUCCAUGGAUGCCUUUGCUCUUCAAACAUUUCUGGCAAGAACAGAGAAAAACUGACCUUAUUCUACAUUACUUUUUACCUGUAGGGUUUGUAACUUUGAGUUUGUCUCUAAUAAUUGAUCGUAUUUUUUUUGGUCAAUGGACUCUGGUUCAGUUUAAUUUUUUGAAAUUUAACGUGCUGCAGAACUUGGGAACAUUCUAUGGUUCUCAUCCAUGGCAUUGGUACUUCAGUCAAGGAUUUCCAGUUGUCUUGGGUACUCACUUACCCUUCUUUAUUCAUGGCUGCUUUCUAGCCCCGAAGAAGUACCAGAUACUUUUGGUGACUGUGCUAUGGACACUGAUAAUAUAUAGCAUGUUGGGCCACAAAGAAUUCAGGUUCAUCUAUCCAGUUUUACCAUUUUGUAUGGUGUUCUGUGGAUACUCACUAGCCCACCUGAAAGCAUGGAAAAAACCAGCUCUAAGUUUCCUGUUUUUAUCAAAUAUGUUCCUCGCACUCUAUACUGGUUUAGUUCAUCAACGAGGUACUCUUGAUGUCAUGAGUCAUAUUCAAAAAGUCUGUCACAACAGUCCCAAUAAAUCUUCAGCCUCAGUAUUUAUAAUGAUGCCUUGCCACUCUACUCCUUAUUACAGCCAUGUGCACUGUCCACUUCCAAUGAGAUUUCUCCAGUGUCCCCCAGACUUGACUGGGAAAAGUCAGUAUCUUGAUGAAGCAGAUACAUUCUACCUAAAUCCCUUAAUCUGGUUACAUAAAGAGCUUCCUGAUGAUGCAUCACUGCCUACUUACUUGAUCAUUUUCAAUGUUUUGGAGGAGGAAAUAAGUACUUUCCUAAUUUCAAGAAAUUAUGAGAGAACUGCUGUUUUCUUCCACACUCACUUGCCGGAGGGUCGAACUGGAAGUCACAUAUAUGUCUAUGAAAGAAAACUUAAAUGGGGAAAUCAACAGAAGAUGAAAUUCUAAAUUGUGUUUACAGCUUCUCCAGAGAAACUGACAUUUCUGGGUAGAAAUAUUCAGGUGCUGCUAGACACUUUAGUCAACACCAAGUUUAACUCCUGGAAUUUGCAAAAAGCCACUGUGGAUUGCUUUACCAAAUAUCACUACUGAGAAAUUGUAUAAAAUAUCACAGAAUAAGAAAUCACAUAUUAAUGCAAUGCCAGAUUUUAAAUAAAGACCUUUAGUUUUCCUCA